UGAGGACGACAUAUUUUAGGUUUUCAGCUUGAGCUCUGUGGAGAUGAACUGAAGUUUUUAUUUUUAUUUUUUUUUCAGAUCCAGGUUUUUCUAAACCAGAGUCCAGCGUCUGACCUCCUGUAACAAUGAGUACGGUAGAGAUCCCAGCAGGUUUGAAGGAGCUGCUGCAGGGUUACACGCUGGAGGUGCUCCGUCGCAGGCCUCCCAACCUGGUGGAGUUUGCUGUGCAGCAUUUCACGCGGAUCCUGGAGAACCAAAAGAACGAGCAGCGAGCCGGGAAGCAGAGCAGCAGCGACACCAGCAGCAGCAAGCCUGCAGAAAAGGAGGUCGCUAUUGAAACGGUGGCAAACAAGUCCAACGAAAACGACGACGAAGAGGAGGAGGAGGUGAAGGAAGCUCCCAAGUCCAGGACGGGUAGGAGCCGCAGAGUGGCAGUUUGUGCCGAGGCUUACGACCCUGACGACGACGCGGACGAUGACGCCCAGCCUCAGGUCGUGCAUCCCAAAACACAAGAGCAGCGUCAACGGCUUCAGGACGCCUGCAAAGACAUUCUGCUGUUCAAGACCCUGGAGAAGGAGCAGUUCUCUGAGGUCCUGGACGCCAUGUUUGAGGUUUUGGUCAAACCUCAGGACCACAUCAUAGACCAGGGAGACGACGGGGAUAAUUUCUACGUCAUAGACAAAGGCGUGUAUGAUAUCUUUGUGGCCAAGGAUGGCGUGAGCGUGUGCGUGGGGAAGUACAACAACAAGGGGAGCUUCGGGGAGCUGGCCCUCAUGUACAACACGCUGCGGGCUGCCACCAUCGUAGCCACAGAGGAGGGCACUCUGUGGGGCCUGGACCGAGCGACGUUUCACAGGCUGAUAGUGAAAAACAACGCAAAGAAGAGGAGGAUGUACGAGGCCUUCAUAGAGUGCGUGCCUCUCCUGAACUGCCUGGAGCUCUCCGAGAGGAUGAAGAUAGUCGACGUUUUGGGAGUGCGAGCGUUUAAAGACGGAGAUCGCAUCAUAGCACAGGGCGACAAAGCCGACUGUUUCUACAUCGUGGAGUCAGGGGAGGUGAAGAUACUGAUCAAGAGCAAGACCAAGGCGGGCCGGCAGGACAACGCAGAGGUGGAAGUGGCUCGCUGCUCCAGAGGGCAGUAUUUCGGAGAGCUGGCGCUGGUCACCAAUAAACCUCGAGCAGCCUCUGUCUACGCCGUGGGAGAGACCAAAUGUUUAGUGAUCGACAUCCAGGCGUUUGAGCGCCUCUUGGGGCCCUGCAUGGACAUCAUGAAGAGGAACAUCUCGCAGUACGAGGACCAGCUGGUGGCGCUGUUUGGCUGCAGUGAUGAUUUAAAACAUCAGGACUCUGUUUCUGAACCAGCAUGUGAAUAAUAAGCAUAUGGCUAAGGUGCAUUCAAUGCACCAAAUGUUUUAAACUGUAUGCUGACAUACACAGCAAGGCCGUAAGUCUGCGUAUGCAUCUGUCAACCCAAAGUUUUACGGAGAUCCUCUUGUUGAUAUAAAACUUAGUGUGAAACCAAGGUUGUGGUGAAGAAAACGAAGUGAUUCAGGAGUUACCAUGAGUGUGAACUCAUGGUAAAAGCUCAUACAUUGUAACUAUUCAGAUAAUAAGGCUGGGAUUUUAUUUAAUUUUAAACAUUUAUUGUUUUUGCUUCUUUCAUUUUAUGUUAGAGCUGCCUUUGAAGCAAAUACUUAACAUGAAGCAGGGCAAAGAGAAUGAUUUUGAGAUUUUUCAAGAAGACGCCACUGUUGAGGUUUCUUUUUUUCUUUUUUUUUUUUAGAAAUCCGUUUUUAGGGUAUAGUUAAAAAACCGACAACACAUAUGGACUCAUCUCAGUUGGAGGAUGCUUCGCUCUUCUUUUUUUGCA